UAAGGUAUUCUCGUUACCAAGCACGCCUCUAAGUUCGCAUCAAAAAAUGGUUUGUGGAGCCGCUUCGCGUCUUCCUUCUGCAGAUUGAAUGUUAAACCUAGAAGUUCCCGCCAAAAAUCUAAAGGAUUCUUCGCAAUUUCGAAAUGGAUAAAAUCUUCCGGGUAAUGAGUAUCAAUAGUUCAACACAUGAAUUACUCAAUCCUACGCUGAGAAGUCCUAAAUAUCUCACUCCGCUUCUGCUCUUUCAUGGUUCCAACAAAAGUCUGGCCUCAGAUUCGGAGCUGGAACUCGAUUUUGACAAGCUCGAACAUCGAUCUUCAAUACCCAGGUCUCCAAGAAGCUGGAUUUCUGAAAAACAGGUUGAUCUCAGAGAGAUUUCAAAAGCAAGGGAGUUGAAUGUUCAGAUAGACCCAUGGCCGGAGUGGGUGAACUUCAUGGAAUGUUUGUCAAAGAAAGGGUACUUUGAAGGAGGCGGAGUACCAUUUCUGAAUGCUGAAUUGGGUGCAAAAGAUUUCAAUCAUAUUCGGACUGCCUGUCUUGAUUUUGCAAGGGAUCGGUCUAACCUUAUACGGUGCUUGUCCAGGAAAGAGUUACAGGUGAUUGCAGGAUGUGGAUGCCCAAGCAUAGAUAGGAAAGUUGUGAACUCAGGGAAGCGUCUCAGAGCACAUGUGGGCAUUGAUGAGGGAAAUGUCUGCAGUUCUUGCAACCUGCGGGGAGAAUGUGAGAGGGCAUAUGCAAAGGCAUGCGGAGACGGAGGAGGUCGGACCGUGGAUGUCAUGCGCGUUUUGUUAUUUUACGGGCUUGAUCACAUCUCUGCUAUGGUGGAGAACAGACCUUGUGUGAACAAGAAGGCUAAUGACUCUGUUAGAAAGCUGUUGAAAGAAAUUGUUGAUUACAGUGCAGGAGAACGUGAAUCUGAUGUUCUAAAGUCUAAUGAGGGGUUUUCAACAGAAAAUCAUGAGACAAAUGCUUCAGCAACGCACGGCGACUGGCAUUGUCCAAAAUGCAACUUCUUCAACUUUUCUAGAAACGUCAAGUGCUUUCGUUGUGGUAGUAUAGCCCUUGAGAGGCUUCGGAAACGAAACGAGGAUCAAGCCAAUCUUCCGUUGAAGAAGGGCGACUGGAUUUGUGACAAAUGUAAUUUCUUGAACUUUGCUAAGAAUUCAACAUGUUUGCAAUGCAAAGAGAAGCCGUUGAAUCGACAGCUGAAUCUGGGGGAGUGGGAAUGCGAAUCGUGCAACUAUAUUAAUUUUAGGAAGAACACGCUAUGCUUGAGGUGUGAUCACCGACGGCCCAAAGCACUAAAUACUAGAAACGUUUCUGCUGGACCUAAAUUGUGUUCUGGUAAAGUUGGAAAUAAUGCAAGUAGGAGGAAGAAUGAUGAUGGUUGUAUGUGGAGAUUUGGUGGAAGUGAGGGUGAAGAACACUGCAGAUUUCCGGAUUUUCCAAGUGCAGAAAAUGCAGAGAGAAGGAAAGUGGAGAUGUUAGAGAGGAGAAGAAGCUUGGAAACUGCAAUGGAGAAAGAAGAAGAUCUGAUCUUGAGAUCUGACAAUAUGGAAAGAAGAAUUGAGUUUGUUGAAUGUAGUGAUGAUGAAGAUAUCAUGGAAUGGUUCGAACACAAGCCAGAACAAAUUCAGAUUUUGUUUUAUUUAGCUGACUUUGGAAUGUUGUACUCGGGAGAUGCUUGUAUUUUUUUUGUUUACUCUAUAUUGGAAGUUCCUCGAAACUUCAGAUUACUGGAAGAACUUGAAAGAGGUGAAAAAGGAAUCGGGGAUGGAACUGUCAGUUAUGGGAUGGAUGAUGCUGAUGAUAUCUGUAUGGCUUCUUGGACGGGAACUAUUAUUGGGCCGCCUAAUACUGUUCAUGAAGGACGCAUCCAUCAACUCAAGCUAUUCUGUGGGCAGGAUUACCCUGAUAAUCCUCCGAACGUUAAAUUUCAAACUCCGAUUAAUAUGACCUGUGUCAAUUCAGAAACCGGGGUGGUGGAACCAAGCCUUUUCCCCAUGCUUUCUAACUGGCAAAGGGAGCAUACAAUGGAGGACAUAUUAAUGCAAUUGAAGAAAGAAAUGACUUCUCCCCAGAACAGGAGACUAAGUCAGCCUUCUGAAGGUAAUGAGGAUGGACGAAUAGAGCAAAAGGGGCUAGUGUUGAAAUGUUGCAUUCUAUAAGGUAAAAGGCCAAACAUGAUAAUGUAAAUAAACACAGACAUUUGAUGUUACUAUUUAAGCAACAUGCUUAUGUCUACACGCGCAUAUGAAUGAAGCUGAGUUAUGCUCCAUUAAGUGACAUGUUUGUCAGGACCUCAAUUUUCUUGUUUGCUAUUUGCAUAGCCUUCCCUUCCCUUUUGAACAGCUUACUGAUGAGAUGGUUUCCUUUCGGCUGUUCUUAGAGAUCAGCAAAAGAGAUCAAAGUGAAAAAGACAAAUGCAAGCUAUGUUAAUAGAAAUCAAUCAAAAUCUUUGUA